AUGGUGUUCAUGCUACCAUGUACUUCUCAAAUGCCCGUAAUGGUACCAUUUGAAUUUAUCAAUAGAUUUGCCGAAGUGUUGGAGAAGUAUUUCACACCACCGGUUGUACCCAUGAGGAUAGAAACUAAUUUGGACGUUGUGAGCCUGUUAUUGAAUGAAAUGCUUGACGAUGGAUACCCCUAUGUAACUGAGCCAGAUGCCCUUCGUGAUCUGGUGCCGAAUGGUGGCUUGUUGAGUAAGCUACUAUCGGGAGGUAACAAGACUGUUCCAACACAAUCAACGAUCCCCUGGAGGAGAUCUAAUGUCCGACAUACAAAUAAUGAGCUUUUUGUAGAUAUUGUUGAAACUCUUUAUAUGGUGUUACCUGCGAAACCAUCUAAUAGCCUAUCUGGCAGAAGAGUAUCUGAACCUAUUGGAUCCUCGGCACUAUACUCACAUUCAAGCCAACCAAACAGUGCAUAUUAUUCUACUAGACCACUGGUGUCUAGGAUUGAGGGAACAAUAUUUGUAACGUCUAAUCUAUCAGGCAUUCCAGAGAUUUCUCUCAAUCUUAAUACUCUAAAUAACCAUUUAGGACGGCCAUCGUUUCAUCCUGCUGUCAAAAUUGAUAAGUGGGUCCAGUCUCCAGGAACUUUACAGUUUAUUCCACCUGAUGGCAAAGCGCUUAUUGCGUCAUAUACCUUAGACAAUAACCGUGUUGGUGGUAAGAAUGAAAAGAAUAGGGCCCAAGGUCAAGGACUAGUAUUCGCAGAAUUCCGCACUGGUCUGGGUAUUGCGAAAGACGAAUUCGAAGCUCGGGUAUGGACGACCAUGUCUCGAGAAGUUAAGCAUGUAGAGGGCCUGAGUGUAAAUGUUAUAUGCGAUGGCCAGAGGACUAAAAAGAAUAUAAAAGGACUGCGAAUCACAUCUGGAGAUUUUCAUUUUAAUGAUUGGGGUAUUGGUGAAUGGACUUUCCCAGGAAAGACUCCACUUGGAUGGAGUGCUUCUUUACGAGGUGCUCUAGAACGUGAAGAAGUAGAUGAUGAAGAGGAUGAAUCUGAAGAGAACUCGAAGUCAAAUGGAGUUGAGGAUUCAAUCGGUGACUCUUUUAGAGAUGCUACUGGAAGCAGCCAUAAAUCGAAGGCAUUAGAUUCAAAUGUGGCAUCGAAAGAAUCAGGUUCAGGGAUCAAACCUAUCUUUCCAACACACCUGUCAAUCACAUACACGUUGACGGGAAAUGUUCCCAGUGGAAUCAAGGUGAAUAGCCUACGGAUUCUCAAAUCUCCAGGCCUAGGGGAAGGAGUCAAACCAUUCAAAGGACUACGCUAUACUACCAACGUUGGCGAGUACAUAGUUAGAUAA